AUGGCCCGAAGACCCCGGCACAGCAUAUACAGUAGCGAUGAGGACGAUGAAGACAUUGAGAUGUGUGACCAUGACUAUGACGGGCUGCUUCCCAAAUCUGGAAAGCGUCACUUGGGGAAAACUAGGUGGACCAGGGAAGAGGAUGAAAAGUUGAAGAAGCUGGUGGAGCAGAACGGAACGGAUGACUGGAAGGUGAUUGCCAAUUAUCUGCCGAACCGGACCGAUGUGCAGUGCCAACACCGGUGGCAGAAGGUGUUAAACCCCGAACUCAUCAAGGGUCCCUGGACCAAGGAGGAAGAUCAGAGAGUGAUAGAGCUCGUCCAGAAAUACGGCCCGAAACGUUGGUCUGUUAUUGCCAAACACUUAAAAGGGAGGAUCGGAAAACAAUGUAGGGAGAGGUGGCAUAACCACCUGAAUCCAGAAGUUAAGAAAACCUCCUGGACAGAAGAGGAAGACAGAAUUAUUUACCAGGCACACAAGAGACUGGGGAACAGAUGGGCAGAAAUUGCAAAGCUGCUGCCUGGACGGACUGACAAUGCCAUCAAGAAUCACUGGAAUUCCACCAUGCGGCGCAAGGUGGAACAGGAAGGCUACCUGCAGGAGCCUUCAAAAGCCAGCCAGCCCCCGGUGGCCACUGGCUUCCAGAAGAACAAUCACCUGAUGGGUUUUGCUCAGGCCCCACCUUCAUCGCAGCUCUCCCCAACUGGCCAGCCUUCAGUUAACAGCGAUUAUCCCUACUACCACAUCUCUGAGGCACAGAAUGUGUCCAGUCACGUUCCAUAUCCUGUAGCAUUGCAUGUAAAUAUCGUCAAUGUCCCUCAACCAGCUGCUGCAGCCAUACAGAGACACUAUAACGAUGAAGACCCCGAGAAAGAAAAGCGGAUAAAGGAAUUAGAGCUGCUGCUGAUGUCAACCGAGAAUGAGCUGAAAGGACAGCAAGCGUUACCGACACAGACCCACACUUGCAGCUAUCCUGGGUGGCACAGUACCUCCAUUGUGGACCAGAGCAGACCUCAUGGAGACAGUGCACCUGUUUCCUGUUUGGGAGAACACCGCUCCACUCCUUCCCUGCCUGCAGAUCCUGGCUCUCUACCUGAGGAAAGCGCCUCGCCAGCCAGGUGCAUGAUCGUCCACCAGGGCACCAUUCUGGAUAAUGUUAAGAACCUCUUAGAAUUUGCAGAAACACUCCAAUUUAUAGAUUCUGACUCUUCAUGGUGUGAUCUCAGCAGUUUUGCAUUCUCUGAAGAAGAAGCAGCUUUUUCACGUAGCCAGCAGCACACAGGCAAAGCCUUCCAGCUUCAGCAAAGAGAGGGCCAUGGGACUAGACCUACAGGAGAGCCUGGCCUGAGGGCGAACAGCCCAGUGCUGAGCCCGGAGGCUUCCCCUGGCCCAGCCAAAGCCUUACCUCCUGCGAGGCACAGCAUGGUUCCACUGGUCAUCCUUCGAAAAAAGCGGGGCCAGGCCAGCCCCUUAGCCGCGGGAGACUCGAGCUCCUUCCCUUCUGCUGACCUCAGCAGCCCAAAUCCCAAGCGGUCCCCUGUCAGAGGCUUACCCUUCUCUCCCUCGCAGUUCUUGAACACUUCCAGCAACCAUGAAAACUCAGGCUUAGAUGUGCCUACUUUAACCUCCACCCCUCUCAGCGGUCACAAGCUGACACCAUGUCAUAGAGACCAGACUGUGAAAACCCAGAAGGAAAAUUCCAACUUUAGAACGCCAGCUAUCAAAAGGUCAAUCCUUGAAAGCUCUCCGAGAACCCCCACACCAUUCAAACAUGCCCUUGCCGCUCAAGAAAUUAAAUACGGUCCCCUGAAGAUGCUACCUCAGACACCCUCUCACUUAGUAGAAGACCUACAGGAUGUGAUCAAGCAAGAAUCCGACGAAUCUGGAAUUGUUGCUGAGUUUCAAGAGAAUGGAGCCCCACUACUGAAGAAGAUCAAACAGGAGGUGGAGUCACCCACGGAUAAAGCCGGAAACUUCUUCUGCUCAAACCAGUGGGAAGGGAACAGUCUGAGUGCCCAGCUGUUCACUCAGGCGUCUCCCGUGGCAGAUGCCCCAAAUAUUCUUACCAGCUCUGUUUUAAUGACAUCAGUGUCUGAAGACGAAGACAAUGUUCUCAGAGCAUUUACAGCACCUAAAAACAGGCCCUUGGUGGGUCCCUUGCAGCCCUGCAGUGGUGCCUGGGAACCAGCCUCCUGUGGGAAGACAGAGGAUCAGAUGACGGCCUCUGGUCAGCCUCGAAAAUAUGUGAACGCAUUCUCGGCUCGGACUCUGGUCAUGUGA